UUAGUUGCAACUCAGCCCAAAAGUAAAGUACGCCACUACCGAUUACCUUCGAGCUGAAUCACACUCGAGCUCUCUAUAUAUCCCUCAAAGCGUCCCCCAAACCACGCCAACACCAUGGCAACAAGCCCACCCAGCAAAUCUCACCAAAAGGCAGCCUCCAUCCUAGGCAAGCAUUGCACAUUGCAUUCAUCAUCCAUCACACCGCUACAUUGAGCAUUGAUAUUUCUGACAAACCUAAUCAGAACUAGCCAGCGAUUUAUAUAACCACCUACAGAACACAACAGCCUCGAACGCCUCAUGUCUGAGCCAAACCACCCUCCUUGACCUCGACAAGCGUAUCGCGGACACCCCCCUCUUCGCACGCCCCCCUCCACUCUCCGACAGACGCGAACUAGACUCCGCCGGCACCCGACUGUGGAAUGUGUGCGCACAGCUAAUGGCGGCUGCUAAUGGAGAGCCAGACGCAAACCUGCUGUGUAAAGUCAAGACGUUUGCUUUCGCUAUGCUGGACGCCGCUGUACCAGAGCAGCAAACAGGAGAUUACAGGAUCCUAGAAGUGGCGUUGUGCGCUGUGAAGUGCUCAAUGGACUGUGGGUAUAUUGAUCUGAGUCAACGAGUUAUUGAAAGGGCAGCAGUGCGAUUAGACGUGCUCGGAAAAUCGACCUCUGACUCGGACGGGGCGAGACUGCAAGCUGUUACCACUGGAUACUAUAUGUGUCGUAUAUGUCUAUCAUGUCUCCUAGACAGGCCAGAUAUCGCUGAUCACUUGUUCCUGAAAGUUCCAGCUACGAGGAUCAAAGAAGACCAGGAUGUGUUUGUGGAGUUAUGCUACAAAGUUGGGAAGCUAGGGCUGGCGAAAGGCCAAUAUGGUUUGGCAGUGAAGUGGCUGCAGAGAGCGCUCGCAGCAAUCGAAUUUCCCAUUUACAAUGAGGGAGUGGAUGGGAAUAUGAAAGAGAAAAGAUUUCUGUUACUACAUGCACUUGUUCGAGGGUAUCUCAAUUUCGACCUCGUGGAUGCAAGAGAAUAUCUGAGCAAAGCGCUGGAGUGUAUGGAAGGGGAACACGGAGCAGCAUUCCCUAUGGCGGUUUUCCGGUUAGAGCUCAUGAAAAGAGAGGGAUUCGCGGCGCAGGACCUCUUCCAAGUAGUCCAGACUGCCAUUCAAUCAGUGAAAAUCAAUGGCGAAACAUUGAAAAUGUAAGUUACAUAUAACUACAGAAUGGUAUCUGCUUACCAGACCAGUAUUGUCCACUAUAUACACGUGUUGAAAGAUUCACACUCGGACCUCGCCAUAGAGGCAUUGAGGCAGCUGCUCGUGAAAAAGGUCGCCCUAUUGAAGAGCAAAGAAUGGACUGAGAGUGUCCUCCUUCGUCUCCUCUGGAUAUUGACCAGUACGGAGUCCGAGAGCCUGAUGAAAAAGCUGGAAAUAUUCAAGCAGACAAUGGACAAA